UCCGCUACGUUCGACUGUUUUGGACUGCAAACAAGAUGGCCGCGGACUGUCAACCGUAAUAGUUCUCACACUUUUGUUAUUUUCCGAUGUUAUAAGGUGAUAUUUGAAGGUUCCUGGCAGAAAUGGGGCUAUCACAGAGUUCAGAAGUGACCGAAGGAGGGACGUAUGGAUACCACGUGCACGGGGUGCAGCCCAACUCCCCGGCCCAGAUGUGCGGGCUGCAGCCGUUCUUUGACUUCAUCCUGUCGCUGGACAACAAGAGACUUAAUGAAGAAAGUGACCUGCUGAAGGACGUCCUGAAGGCCAACACGGAGAGAGCGGUGAUGAUGCAGGUGUACAGCACUAAAACCACCAGGCUCCGAGAGCUGGAGGUGAUGCCCAGCAGCCUGUGGGGAGGACAGGGCCUGCUAGGGGCCAGCGUUCGCUUCUGCAGCUACUAUGGAGCCAAUGAGAAUGUCUGGCAUGUUCUGGACGUUGAAGCAAAUUCCCCUGCUGGCUUGGCAGAGCUUCAGCCACACAGUGACUACAUCGUCGGAGCAGAUCAAGUGUUGCAAGAUUCGGAAGACUUCUUUUCGCUGAUUGAGGCCCACGAAGGGAAGCCGCUGAAGCUGCUGGUGUACAACACAGAAACCGAUGCCUGCAGAGAGGUGGUGGUCACACCAAACGGGGCGUGGGGCGGAGAGGGCAGUUUGGGCUGCGGCAUCGGUUAUGGCUACUUGCACCGAAUCCCAGCUCUACCUGAUGUUUCCACGGGAAAGAAUCACACGCCUGCUCCUGAGGAGGAGCCCGUCCCGGAGCUGCCCACCCACGGGUUCACAGAGGCACCAUUGAUGGCGCCUUCCAGUCAAAGUGUGGAUGUGUUAGACCUUCAGCAGGAAGCUCCUCUACCUCCCCCCAUACAGAGGGUCAUGGACCCCGGUUUCUCACAGUCAAAAGUGACCGUGACAAACUCCGAACCGGCAAACCUGACGGACAGACUGGAUCUGUCCAUGUCGUCCAUCGACAUGACCAACACCUUUCUGACUAUGCAUGAGGAGAAAGAAGGAGAGAUCUCUGGUGUUGAGGAGCUGGAGGACAGCGUGCUGCUUUCGUCGUCGGUGGACAGUCAGGCUGAGCCACAGGAGCUGAGCUCCCAGACGGCCGAGGAGCACGCCUCCACGGACACUUUGUCUGAUUCAGGCGUGCCGCCAGCGGAACUGUCCCACCUGGUCACAGAGUCCACGGACCCCAGCGGCAGCCAAAGUCCGCCCACGCGUGACUCGUCCGAGCCCCCCGGCCCGGCGGAGGAUUCUCCUGCGCGGGCCAGCGAGGACGCCACGUGGCCGGCGGAGGAGCCUGCAGAGCCUCUGGAUGCAGCGGACCACUGCAGCCACGAGAGCGCCGGGGAGGAGUGAGGCGGCAUCAGGCCGAGCGUAGAGUGAACUUGACAAUCACCGUUUGUUUUCUAAAGGAACACCGUAGGAUAUACUGGACAGACGGAGGGAAAGGCUCUCUAAUUUCAUCAUUUUAACAAUAGACGUACCGGUUUGUUACACUACAGGAACCAGCUAAAGCGUAAAUACUAUGUAGGAAUAUUUCUUUUAAUGUCAGUAGGAAUUUAAUUUUGCUCACCAAGAUGUUUCUAAUGUCAAACAUUUUUUCAUGCUUGGUGCCAAAUUAGAUCACUGGUUGGAAGACCUUUGUGUGAUGAAUACUUGAACGCUUCCAAAGACAAACGUUUGGUGCAGCGGAGCACAGCUGGUCUUGAGGAUUUCCCCCAUUAGAGCUUUUAAAAUGUAAGUAGUUUAUGGCCCAUGUGUUGGAUUUCUAAGUAUUGGUCUAAGGGAGAUGUUUGUCUACUUUUACCGCCUGCAGAUCGUAGAUGUUUUUAAUUCUAGAAUUCAUGAGGCCACUGAACCCUUUGACAUCUUUAAUUUGAUUUAUUCAGCCAAUCAGUAUGUGAGGUUUGAAAAAUGAGUUUAUGGUUUAGUUACUAGAAUUAUGUCACAUUCAACACUAUUUAGACUUAGUUUAAUUUUGCGACCUAUGCAACAUUCCAGCAGUGAACCUGUUGAGUAAUUGUUUCCUUUAGUCUUUCUAGGGUCUUUAAGGGUUUCCGUGUCUAAGUAGGUGCUCGUGUAUAAAAUAAUGGAAAAUAUUUUUUGCAGAUAUUUUAUCAAUUAAUUGUAUGUUUUAUUAGGAAUGAGUGUAGUCUUUUGAUGAAUGUGAGAUGGAUGAAUCUUUGACGAUCAUAUCAACUGACUAAAAAAAAUUAAAAUUG